CUUCUCGAAAGCCUCUUCGGGAAUUUCCGGCUAGAGACGGAGGGAGGGAGCUGCUUCAGAAGCAGCAACUGGACCUGUCACACAUGGCAGCAGCCGUAACGCUGCUACACACACUUUGAAUACAAUUUGACUCAGGCUUAAGGAGUGAAGUUAGAAAUUAAAUAAGUUAGACACCAUUCUUAUGUGUUGUUAAAUGACCCUGCGGUUUACUUUGUGAAGGGGAGCAUGUCGUUGUUGUGCUACAACAGGAGUUGCGGACGGCGGUUUGACCCGGAGAACAACCCCGAAGAUGCCUGCACCUUCCACCCAGGAGUGCCUGUGUUUCACGAUGCGCUCAAGGGUUGGUCUUGCUGCAAGAGACGCACUACAGACUUCUCAGACUUCCUGAGUAUUACAGGCUGCAGCAGGGGUCGCCACAACAGUGAGAAGCCAGCAGAGGCGGUGCGUCCUGAGGUGAAGACUUCAGGAGAGAGGAAGGAGAUUGGGCAAGAGCUGAAACCCAGAGGAGAUCCUUACAUUAUUCAAGCUCCCAAACCACUGGAGCAGGUUCACCGCCCGAGUGAUGAAGAGCCUCUAGUCAGAAUGCAACAAAAGGUGUCAUCAUCACUGAGACAGGCUCUUGAAAAACUUGAUCUAAAUGGCAGCAAACACACGGACAAUGCAGAAGAAGAGGGGGAUGAGGUGAAGAUCGGUACUUCCUGUAAGAAUGGUGGAUGCGCUAAGUAUUACUCUGGAUCAGCAAGUGACGGGGAAGAAUGCAAACACCACCCCGGACUUCCUGUUUUCCAUGAGGGCAUGAAGUACUGGAGCUGCUGCAGGAAGAAAACGUCAGACUUCAACACAUUUUUGUCCCAGCAGGGCUGCACUACAGGAAGUCACCUUUGGAGGAAGCAUAACCAGGGGAUGAAGGUGAAGCCGUGUAGGUUUGACUGGCACCAGACAGGCAGUCAGGUCAUCAUCUCCAUCUAUGCAAAGAACUCCUCACCAGAGCUCAGCUACGUGGAGGCCAACAGCACCACGGUGAACAUGCAUGUGGUGUUUGAGGGAGAUAAAGAGUUUGAACAGAACAUCAGUUUAUGGGGGGCUGUGGAGGUGAACAGUAGUGUGGUGAACCUGAUGGCUGCAAAGAUGGAGGUGUCUCUGAAGAAGGCUGAGCCAAUCAUGUGGGCCCAUCUGGACCUGCCCUUCCUCCCAAAGGAUCAAGAACAGGGAGGAACCGAACAGACAUAGCUGCCUCUAACCUCACUGCCUUCCUGUGUUUCUCAAGGAUACGUACUGUAUAUUUCAGCUUGCAUUCAGUUGGAUGUCCAAAUGAGUAAUUCAUUUUUUUAUUAGGCAUGUUCUUGGAGGUCACAAAAAUUCAAAAACCUUUAUCAUAGAUAUUUAUGCCUAAUUAGACUUACAGGCACACUGCUUUUGUUACCAGACUGCCAACUUAGUGCAUUCAUUUUAUACACAUUUACUAAUUCAGAACCAUAUUUUUACACUGUACCUUUUUCAUCCUGUGAACCAUAGUGGAUUAGAAUCUGAUUCUCUGCUCUGUCUCUUGAUUUACUACUCAGCUGUGACACUUAGAUAUCAUACAGUACAUAUUUUUCUCUUAUGUAAUAACGUUGCCAUAUAUGUUCUGUUAUCCCUAAUCUUACAAUAUUCUCAUUUUCUUUGUCUUUAUUCAGCUUUGUUAACUCAUCAUUUAAAGACAGAUUUGAACUGUAUGUCCUUCAACAGAAAUCUGGUUUCAUACAGGUUUAUCAUUAAAUGUUGUUGUGUUCUUUUCAGUGUGCAAAAGUAGUGUGUGCCUUUAAGGAAAUUAAGUAAUUUAUCAAAAAUAUCAACAUGGAUAUAAGUAAAACUCAGUACCAUUUUUACCACCCAUCACAUUUUUUUCUCAGACCAAUACAUGGACAAGA